CCUCUCUUUUCUCCACUUCUAUCUCAGCUCUGCGAAGAAGAGAAACCAGGAAACCAAGGAUUGAUGUGUUGCUCUACUUGAUCCCCCCCCCACCAUCUCCCAUUUCUCUCACGCGCGCUCUUUCGCUCGCUCUCUCUCCUUCCGUCUCUCGCGCGCACACAAACGCGUCGCGCCACGCCAGCUCUUCCAAAAGGAAAAAACAAAACAACAAAAAAAACAACGCGUUUUCGAUAAUGUUUCAUCAUUUUUACGGGAUGACAGUUAGUGGCCGUCUCUGUGUCCUCUCGCUAUUCUCCGGCUGGCCGUAACAGAAAGCGCUGGGACUCGUCGUUUUCAUGCGGGAAGAAGAGGCUCCGGGGCACCGGGAAAGCUUCGCUCAUCUCCACCGUGUUCUUCUCCAGCCGCGAGCGGCUGCAUGACCGGUGAUGCUCGGCCUCUCUGCCUGGAUGCGCCCCUCUAUCCACGGUGUACCGUCGCUGCCGCUGCCCCGAUCCCCUGACAGCAGAUUUCCGCUGUUGCCGGAGAAAGGUCUAGGGACCACAUAUGGAAACUGGGGAUCGUAAUUUCAGAACUAAACAGGCUGUUGUUAGAUUUUUUUUCUUCUCCAAACUGUAUUUUUCUUCUCUUUCAUUUAUCUGUCCCUUUUCUUUUUUUCUUCCUUUUUUUAGAGAGAGAGGGGCAUCUCUUCCUUGUUUUUGUGCUCCAUCAUCUCUUAAGGAAUGGGCUCCAUGGCAGUCAUAUUACUUGCUGAUAUUUUGCGUUAUUUUUUCGUUUUACCCUUGUUGUUUGAUUGAUGUUUGAUUCUGCUACUUUGACUUUCUUUUAAGACAUCUAGUGCUAAUUUCCUCAUACAUCCCUGGCCCUGCCUGUCUGUCUUGCCUGCCUUCCAUCGUCCCUCUUACCCCAUAAUGUGUUAUGUUACAGCUCGGUUAUCCAAAUCAUGCUCGAGAUAAAUCUAUACAGUUUGCUUAUCCUUUUGAUCACACCAAAUUAGUCUUGUGUCAUUCUCCAUUUGUGAUCGCUGCUUCUGUUUCUUUCGGAGUUUGGGGGGGGGAGUUAUUUUGAAGGAAACCAGGCCGCCAACUGUGUUUGUCUUAACCACACUCCACCGCCACUCCCCCCUUAAUCCCUUUUCGGUAUCAAUUAAUUCAAACUGGAACUGUGUGCUUCUGGGUGCUCAUGCGUGUACAGGUGUGUGCAUGAAAGUUUGGGUCUGUAAGAAAGUCGGCGUACGCAGCAUGAGAUCGUCUUCUCGUGCCACGUACAUCAUUCCAUCACCACACCAUUAAAGCUGUGAGGACUGUAAUGUAUCUGAUGCCUUCAGUUAGCUCAGAAAGCCAAAAUUAGGUCUGAAGCAGUCAAAGUCCUCCAUUCCCCUCAUUAUCUUGGCCUUUUUCAGAGUUUGACAUUUAGAGGCCUUCAAACUCAACAAAGUAGGCCCCGAUCCCAGACCAGGUCUCUUGUGGAAUCUGCUGAAACUCGUGUUUUUAGGUCAGCCUUUUUUUAUUUCCGGAGUAGGGCAACUUACUGCCAUCAGAAGUACAGAAUUUAGAGAACUUUACCUCUUAAGGCUGUUGCCGUCAUUGCCAAAGGGUGUUUGACCCCCUUUUUGUCGGGUCAAACAGCUGGAAAUCCACCUGAAACCUUAACCGUCUUCCGAAUUUUUUAUUUUGUUUUUCGUCUUUGUGCCGGCCCCCCCCAAAAACCAACCAUACGAUUUCCCCCGAGCUCCCCUAACUCCCCCGCCCCCCCAGCCGUCCCCCGCUACCGUCGUCCGCCCGACGCAGCCCACCCCCCGCUUUCCGAGCUGGCGUGGCGACGCAAACUCACAAAUAUUUACUUCCUGUACAUCAAAAGGAAAGGGGGGACCCCUUUCGUGGAAUGUGGCAACAUGGGUGUGUUUGACCGCGGAGUUCAGAUGCUGCUGACCACAGUGGGGGCCUUUGCUGCCUUCAGCCUCAUGACCAUCGCUGUGGGGACGGACUACUGGCUGUACUCGCGCGGCGUCUGCAAGAUCAAGAGCACCAACGAGAACGAGACGAGCAAGAAGAACGAGGAGGUUAUGACGCACUCGGGCCUCUGGAGGACGUGCUGCCUAGAAGGUUCUUUUAAGGGGAUGUGUAAGCAGAUAGACCACUUCCCCGAGGAUGCGGACUAUGAGGCAGAUGCUUCAGAGUACUUCCUACGUGCCGUACGAGCCUCCAGCAUCUUCCCCAUCCUGAGUGUGAUCCUCCUCUUCAUGGGGGGGCUCUGCAUCGCCGCCAGUGAGUUCUACAAGUCACGCCACAACAUCAUCCUCAGCGCCGGCAUUCUGUUCGUCUCUGCAGGACUGAGCAACAUUAUAGGAAUCAUUGUAUAUAUAUCAGCCAACGCCGGUGACCCUUCAAAGAGUGACUCCAAGAAGAACAGCUACUCGUACGGCUGGUCCUUUUACUUUGGCGCCCUCUCCUUCAUCAUGGCCGAGAUGGUUGGUGUGCUGGCGGUGCACAUGUUCAUCGACCGCCACAGAGAGUUGCGAGUUGGCGCACGGGCCGCAGACUACCUCCAAGGGGCUGCCAUCACGCGCAUUCCGAGCUACCGUUACCGCUAUCGACGCCGCUCGCGCUCUUCGUCCCGCUCCACGGACCCCUCGCACUCUCGCGAGGCCUCGCCGGUGGGCCUGAAGGCCUUUGGGACGCUGCCUUCCACCGAGCUGUCUAUGUACACUCUGCCCAAGGGCCAAACGGGCACCCCAACAGCGACCUAUAACUCUACGGAAAGGGACCACAACUUCCUACAGGUCCACAACUGCGUUCAAAAGGACCUCAAAGACUCAGCGGCCAACCGGCGCACCACACCUGUAUGAGAAAGAGGAAGGCGGACCAUAGAUUUUGGGGGAGAGUAGCAAAUGUAAAGAAGGGCAGACAGAAUUAGACUGGAGAGGAAAAGGGGGGAUGGAGGCGAGGUUCUGAGCUCUUCAGAGGUCCUCAGAUAAUCGUUGCGCUUCUGGUUAAAAGAAAAACAAGAAAAAAACGUAAAGAAGUAAAAUUGCAUAAAAAAAAAAAAAGAAACAUGCAUGAUUUUCCCAUGAACAAUGUUUAACGAGUUUUAAACAUGUUUGAGGAGGUUGAUAAACAGGAGGGGGUGUCUGGGGUCUGUGGCUGUCUCAGGGCUGUGGAUCCAUGGAGUGGUAGGCUGGGCCAGACUGCCUUUAUCAAGGUUAUUAGGUUUUGUUUUGUUUUCUUUAAUUCCUAAUCGAAAUCUACUGGGUGCACAAUUUGCCCCUUUGGCCCAGCCUAUGAAACUGCCCUUGCACUGUCAUACCACACACCCUCUUACACACACACACACACACACACACACACAGUGUAGUCCCAUACACCCUGCCCCUUCGUUGAGUUGGCGUUUCCUCUUGAUUUUGUUCUUUAAUCGCAUUAAACUGUGAACCUACUGCGGUUUGGGAUUCAAGGAUUCAAGCAGGGAGCAAUUCAGGCUGCAUUAAAAAAAAAAAGAUACAUAAGUUACUACUGAUUAUAUAUAAAUAUAUAUAUGUUACUAUAUCAUGACUAGCCUUCCCUGGUGCAAAAAUUAUAUAUAAAAUAUCCACAAGAGAAAAAAUGUAAAGUAACGGAAGAGUUACUGUAGUAAAACUAAAAUCGUCAUGGAAACUGAAACCAAGAUGGAGGUUUCAGCAUGACUAGUUCAUCUGUUGGACUUCUGCCUAUUCAAUAGAAAUUGGUUAGUAUUAGACACAUUAUCACAUUUUGUUAUGAUAAUAAAGUAAAAUAUAUAUAUAUAAAAAACAAUUUGGAAGUCCAUUAAAAAAGAAAAAAAAAAACCCUGGCCGCCAUAUUUGUUCAGGGUUAACAGGUGAAAAGUUUACCUUUUUUUUCCGUUUGUCGUCUUUUUCUGUUUUAAUUUAUUAAUGUAUCUAUUUAUUUACUUAUUUACUUUUGGCCCCUGGAAGGGGUAGCGAGGAAAUGAACUGUGGUGGCGAGGGGAAUAAGUUUCUCUGCAAACUUGAAGACGACUGUGGACAAUGAAACGCCACUACUGCCAAAGACACAAGGUAGUGCGUGAGAGAACACAGCUACCGGCGAGCUGAAGGGAAGUGACUCCAAAAAGAAAAAAAAAAACAAAGGAAAAGAAACAGAAGUUAUCAACUUACAUGCAUGCUGAUCAAAAAAAUAAAACAAAUCAUCAAAUCUGCUUUUAAGGAAACCUAUCUUUUUGAACAAUUAGACUAUGGUACGAGUAAGGGCAGUGGAAAAAUAGAAAUAACUGUUACAGUACUGUGUCUCUUCCAUUUUUCUUCCUGUUUUAGGGGUGGGGGCUCAGGGCUUCGGAGUGGGGGCUUUACUUCGCUUGGAACAAAAACGAAACUUUGGACAAACGUAUCAAGGCUAUUUUUAAGAGAAGAAAAUCUUUGCCUUUAUUUCAUUUUGUUUUCAUGAUCUCAAGUUCAACUCAAAUACAGCCUUAGUCUUUUUUUUCUCUCUCUCUCUUUUUCUUUAUCUCAGUUCUCUUGCUUCUUUGGUUUAACAUUGUGUUGUUGUAAAUGAGAAUAUAUAUUUAAAAAAGGAAAAAAAAAGAAUAAAAAAAAAAGUCUAACAUCUUUCAGGGUGCCAAAACUGAAUGAUUCUGAACUUGGAUGCUUCAAGUCCUGAUGACGAAUAAAAAUUCACCCCUCCCCUGUAAGAACCCAAGUGAGUG